AACACUCAGAUAAGAACUUCUCAGGUGGAAAGCAGGAAGAGGGUGGCUAGUGCAAGGAUCAGAUAGCACCUGCUUGGACGUUCACUGAUUAAUGAUUUAACAAGGGUGGUCACAUGGGACAACUGCUGCUUUUCUCUGCCUUCAUUUUUCUUACUAACAGGUCUGAAAAUUGAACAAGAUGGACGGGUCCAGGAAACAGGAGGAGGAAGACAGCACAUUCACCAACACUUCUCUUGCAGAUGACAAAGACCAUUCAUCAAGGAUUUUGUAUCCAAGGCCCAAAAGUUUGUUACCCAAGAUGAUGAAUGCUGACAUGGAUGCAGUUGAUGCUGAAAAUCAGGUGGAACUGGAGGAAAAAACAAGACUUAUUAAUCAAGUGUUGGAACUCCAACACACACUUGAAGAUCUCUCUGCAAGAGUAGAUGCAGUUAAGGAAGAAAAUCUGAAGCUAAAAUCAGAAAACCAAGUUCUUGGACAAUAUAUAGAAAAUCUCAUGUCAGCUUCUAGUGUUUUUCAAACAACUGACACAAAAAGCAAAAGAAAGUAAGGGAUUGACACCCUUCUGUUUUAUGGAAUUGCUGCUGAUCAUUUUUUCUUUAAAACUUGGAUAGAUUCCAAAAGUUACAGUACCUUUGUUUGUGGCUUUAUUGAAUAUUUAUGAAGAUAAUGUCAGAUGUAGACAAAAAUAACACAAUAACAGGAGACUUCCAUAAGUCUGUGUAUUAUGUUAGUCUAUGAAAACGUGUAAAUGUAUUGUAGAGACUUUAUAAUUAGAAUUGCAUAUAUUUAUGAAACUUAAAGAUGAAUGUUUUAUCGAAUUUGUAGGUUUAGCACUGUCUUUUAUUAUAGGAUUAGUAAGAUAUACAAGAAAAUAACCACCAUGUUGUGAAAAAGUGACCAAAAUCAUGUACUAAAUGCACAGCUUUAUGUACCCUGUCCACCAUCUUGUGCCUCUUCUCCAUUUGCCUCUUCCUUCCUAUUUCCCUUCCCCUGAGGAAAAAAAUUGGUGUCACAUUUGUAAACGUAAUUUUAAUAGUUAAUCAUCUCUGAGAGUAACCUGUAUUUUAAUUGUUGAAACUUAACCAAAAUAAGAUAUUGUCUCAGCUAGGGCUUGUCAUUUGUGUAUUUAGUGUUAAGAUAGCAAUGCUAGUGUCUCUUUAAUUAAUUGGAAAUAGGUGCAGACUAAAAAUGAAGGUUUUUCUUUGAAACUGAAUUAACUUGGGAAUAUUUGUUGUUAAAAACUUCUUUUUGCACAAAAUAACUCAUUUUGUAUUAUCUGAAAAUAUAUAAUUUCUGGUCAUGUGUAUGUUUAAAAUAGAAAAUUUUGAGGAAAAAUGGAAACAGGGUGGAAAAGUACUUGGUAAACAGUAGUAACCAACUCCAAAUAUUUUCACUCCAGAUUUGUGUUUUCUCUGGCACAGAGUAGAUCUUUUGGGAAAUAUAUGUGAAAGUGGAUUAAGUUUGACUACCCUUAUGUAAGCCACAUCUGGAUGAGAACAGUUACAAAGAGUUUGGUCUCUAAGGUGAUUUGUACCCAGUGGGUCAACUUCUGCAAAAUUCCAUAACAGUGUGUUAGUAUUAGAAUAGUGAAUAAAAUGGGAAAGUUUUACAUAUAUAAUUAUUAUCUUGCUCAGUAUUUUAUCUCACUUGUUCUAGAAUUUUCUGUAAACCCUGCUACUGGGUUUGAAGAGUUUUAGUCAUCCUUUAACAAUUUUUAAAAAUUUAGCUUGUAGAUUCCAUUUGGUAAGGGAAUCAAUAUUGGAAGUAAUGCUAAAAUCUUAUAAUAUGAAAAGAGAUCCACUAAUAUAGCUUAUGGUUAUUAGAUUUGGGCUACUUUUAAUCAUGGAAUAAUCUUAUGUAUUGGUGUAAGAGUUGAUGAAUGACUUUAGCUGUAUGAAUAUAUAAUAGUCAAACUGCAAACAUUUUGCAUCCCUUUUGUGACCUAAUUUACAGACAUUUAAGUUGUGUUGCAGUUCUGCUUUGCUGUUUAAUAAAAAGCUAUUUCAGA